AUGGCGGCUGUUUCAGAACAAUGGUGUAUUUCAACAAGAAUUUUUCUUAUUCUGGUUAUUUUAUCGACAUCUGCCAACGUCCAUGGCUGGGAUUCUAUUGAUCUUGAAUUAUUUGACCUUGUGGAAGAAGUCAAAGAUAAUUUUUAUGGUGUUUUAGGGCUUAAACAAGUGAGUACAGUAGUGUACUUUUACUUCGGUUGGUUCUGACCACAAACUGGUCGUAUAUUGUUCGGAUAAAAGCUCUCUUUUUACCUAGUGACUAUUUUUAUUGGACCCGUACACCGACGUGUGUUUGCUAUUCAUACGGGAUUCUGACUAUAUUGUUUAGAGUUAAGCACUGACAAUACUGAUUAGGGUUAGGCACUAAAAAUAGUGUUCAGGGUUAAGCACUGACUACAUUGAUUACUUUUAAGAAUUGACUGGAAACGGUAAGCUUCUUUUUUAGGUUUAAGAAUGUUGCUAUAUAUACUGAAAUCAAAGCAUCCACUACAUCGCUAGGCAUUGAAAUACCUAGUGAUGUAAUAAGGUAAUCGCCAGCAGUCGCUUAGGCCCUCUUCAGGGGUUUACUUACAUGUAUGUCCCUGGUCUAAAUUUCAGAACGGGUCAUUUCGCCUUUUGAGGAGGAGACCAUAUCGCUGUCAGUAUUCACUAUUGUUUUUGCUAUUGUCUUUGUCGCUGUCACAGUUUCAUCCCAUCUUCAUGUCGUUUGUCGCCGUUUCAAGGCCAUGUCUCUUGUCAAAUUUUACCUAACAGGGCCUUGUAACUACACCCCGGGUUCGAAUCAAUUGUCUCGGGUUUGCAUAACUGUCUCGAAUUCUCCCAAACCCACUCUUGUUUAUAUCAGGCUAUGCAAACACGGAAAACAUUUUCUAUUGCUCAAAUGAAUGUGGCACUCCCCUCACCCCCUUAAUUUAUUUGGGCAUACAGAACUCACUGCAAUAAUUUACUGGAGUGAUUGCUAAACAACAGCUUCCCAGUGGGCAAUUACCUACUACCGAAAGCAACCUUUAUUGAAUCUUUAGGUAUAAAAUUUUAUUUUUUUAUAUUGUAUUUUUAGUGAACACCUUUCCACCUUACUCAUUCCAUAUAAAAUACUGUUUUUGUUAAUAAUGAUGAUAUUGAUUUCUUCUGCAGGAUGCAAGCCAGGCAGAUAUCAGAAGAGCGUAUCGUAAACUUUCUCUUCAGUUACAUCCUGAUAAAAACAAAGAACCUGACGCUGAAGUCAAGUUUAGACAGGUAAAAUAAUGUAGAAAGUAUGAAUACAUCAUAUGACUCUGAAAGGAUGAACUGUAUUUUUAUUUUGUUUUUUAUUUUUAUUUUUAUCACAUGGAAAAGCCACUAGUAUGGAUUUUAGAGACCAGGUCUAAAAACAGAUGUGAAAAUUGGGCAAGGGUUGUUGGCUUUAUAUGUGACGACUUUGCUAAAAGAUGCCACUUCUGAUUUUGUAUAAAAAGUAGUGCUCUGCACAUGGGCAGAAUCUACUAAAACCACAGACAAAAUUUUACAAUGAAUUUGAUAAGUCCAUUCCCUGCGAACAGAGCAAAAUUUUUGAACAGUCGGUUACAUGAACACAACAUGUCAAAUUUUUCAGUAAGUUAAAAUUCCUCAAUUAUCUUGUGAAUGUAGCCAAACAUAUUUUAUUGAUAUUGCUGUUACUUUUACCUGAUAUCACACUUGUUUAAAUGUUGAAAUUAAAUGUUAAUUUUGUCAUUUUCCCCAGCUUGUUGCAGUCUCAGAGGUUCUUAGAGAUGAAGAGAAGAGGAAGAGGUAAAAUCGGUGAUAUCAUUAUUAAAUUUGUUCAUGUUAUCACUAUUAUUUUGUUUAAAAAUAUCAACUUACUUUUGUCUUUUGGUUGAGUGUGAUAUUUAAUUUCAAACAAGAUAUACAUCUAGCCACAUUUUAAGUAAGGAUUAAAUGGAAAUUAUUUGUCAGACAACAAGCAUGAAGGAGCAAAUCAUGAAUAAUAUAUAAUUAUGAUAAAUGAUAAAUAUAACAAAUAAUAUUCAGGGUUUGCAAAUUUAUUGAUGGGUGAACUCAGUGUAAGUUCUGCUUUGCAAAUUUUGGAGUCAAGUAACACAUUGAAAAACGAAAAAUAAGCAAUUGAAUUUUAUUGCACCUCCAAUUCCCAUGUGACUCCCUGUCGACUGAGCUGUCAGAUUUCCUCCAAUCAACACGAAGCGCAAACUAGCGCGAAUAUGUGCCAAUCAGCAUUCAGCAUUUUGUAUUGACUUUUUCAAUGCAGAUAUUCAAAUUCCAGAGACGUAGCUCUCCUUCCUUUUCCUGCCCUGCCGCCAGAGUGCCCCAGAGAGCUUCCUUCCGCUCUGUGGUCAAGCUAAUCCUGUGUAGCUAUAAAGAAGAAUCGUUAAUUUUAUGAUUAUAAAAGCACUUUAUUUUUACUUUGGUGAAACAAGCAAAUAUCCACCAUUUUUAUUUUUUGAAUUCUAGAAUCCAGAUUUGUUCCUUCUGGAAGAAAAUAACUUUUUGUCAUUUUAUGCUAAUA